GUCACGGAGCCGUUUUCAUCUCUCUUGCUUCGAUUGGGUCUCAUUUGGUCUCAUUUUCGCGUAGCCGUCGCUGCAGAUCACUGAAAUAUACCCAAAGAACCUGUAGUUCCAGUAGUAUUACAUACCUAUAGGUAUGAGUUCCAGGGUGCAGACAUACAUCAACAUAUCGAGGAACUAAGAUGGCAGGUAAACCGACGCGGGGCGUUUUUCAAACAAUCUGGAAACAUUUCAUAGAGUCGGUUAAACCACGUAGAUUUAGAGGAGAUCUAGUAGGCACUGAUCACUUUGGUACCAAGUAUUAUGAAACACCGCUACAUUCCACAAGUUCAAAAAAAAAACCACCACGUUACUUCGAACCAGUGAACAAAGAUGACUUUCAGCAAGAAGUACCUGCUGAAUGGGAAGCGUGGCUAAGGUAUCGCAGAAAAGAACCACCGUCAGAUGCUGAAGUAUUGCAGAGUCUGGCACUGAUGAAAACUAAGAAGAAAAAUGCAGCUGAAUUGGAAAGUGCUUUAGAAGCUACAAGAUCCUCAAAGUCAAAACCGGCACCACUGCCAGAGGCGAUUGGAUUCCCAACUUAUAAAGACUAUCAGUAUCCUGAAGGAUUCAAGGACAGCAAAGAGUAAUGUUCAGAGGCGCUUGUAUAAUGUUUUCCACUGGCUACACUGGAUACUCACUAAGUGCAUUUCCUGAGAUUCCACUUCUGCUAUUGUUUGGAAUCUGGAGAAAUAACACUCAGUGUGAAUCAAGUGCAACCAGUGAAAAACGUUAUCGACUUUAAUUUAAUACUCUAGCGAAUUGUUAGAAUGUGAUUGCUGAUUGUUUUCGUAGCCUGCGUAUAAUGUAAUUAUCGAUGACGUACAUGUUAUGUAACAAUCGUACACAAUAAUUUGUACUUUUGCGAUGAAUCCUUCAACUUCAAUAAUUUGUACAGUCAUAAAGGAGAGUUGAUUGGUAGAAAUCAAUUGUUCAUAGUAAAUUCAUGUCAAUACUCUGUUUCAAUAGAAAGCAUAAUUGAAA